ACAACAACUCCAACAAGAGGAUAUUUAUUUUUGAUCCAAUCAUCUCCAUGUCAAUGGGUUUACAACUUUUAAAGGCCAAAAUGAGGUAAAUUUAAAAAUGGUUUGAGCAUGAUACUAGCUAAGAAGCAUGUUAAUUUCAUUACUUUGUCACUUGACACCAACUGGUCAGCCUUCAGCCUGUGUUACUCACUCCACUCGGGGACUCGCUCUCUGAAGUCACUGCUAUUUCAGUGUAUUUUCUAACACCGUGUCUUGGCUACAGCCAUGUCUCUGUUGGAGCAGGGGUCUUAAUUUUUAGAAGAGCUGGAAACAAUUUAACAACUACAACAUGGAAUCUAAAGCCAAAAGGAAAGAAGCCCAACCUGUUCACCUUUUGCAAGGUGACCUGCUUAAAAGCAAGACUUCAUAAGUAGUCAAUCUGAGAGAGCGAUAGAAGCAACUGUGUCCCGCUCAUGCGAGCAAGUAUUUGAAAUGAGCUCUCUGGAAAAGCGCCAAGCAAACCGGCGGGGAAGCACACAUGGCCCUCGCAAGUGCUCUAACGGCAUCAGUGACACAUCAAGUGUGGGAAGCUUCAUGGACGAUACAGACAGGGAGGUAAGCAGCCUCACUGAUCGAGCCUUCAGGAGCUUGUGUAUUGGAGAGGAUGCCAUCUACAAUGACUUGGAGGUUUCCUCCCCUGCAGAUCAACGCAAAGCCUGUGCCCAAGAUGCCCUGCAAAAGAAAGAUUUAAAGACAAACUCCCAGGAGUUCUCCUCUCAUUGUAUUCAGUAUGAGGAGACUGAGAGGAAACCCGAAUUGGCCUCAACAUUCCAGCAUUCCUGUGUGGACGUAGCACAAGAGCAUGUUCUUGGAGACAAGAGUUUGUCUUAUAUAAGCAAUGGCUGUAUGGAGGGGACAUGGCAACAGAAGAGAAGCGCUUCCAGAGUUUCAUCGCUCAUUAAGGCCUUCAGUUCAGGGGAGAAUUGCUGUGACAGUGGGGCUCCUGACACUGUACAAGACAAAUACCAAGACUUUAAUAAUGAGUUAUGGGACAAAUCAGCUCUGCUAAGUAUUCAGAGAGAACUGUCAGAGGUCUCUUCUGGUUACCAUCUGAAUUUUAAAUCAGGCCCUUUACAAUCUCAUGGAAAUAAUAUUCAUGCAGUGGCCCGGAUGAACUCAGCAACAUGCUCAAAAACAAAGUCCAAGGCACUAAAUACCAAUAACCUUUUCUUUCACAGUGAAUUCAGUCCUUUCCAAUUGUGGAAGGAUUAUAACAGAUUCCCUUUUGAAAGGAAUGAACCCUCAGGGGUUGUAUCAGCCACUGGAUUUCCUAGGUGGUAUGAUUCUCCUCUCUACAAAGAACUAACAGCCACACACAGGAUUCUGUGCUCUCCAGCAGACGGCAGGCAGUUUACACGAAGAAAAAUUGAAGACGUCGCUGCCUCUCAGCGCUCUAGGUCCACAGUAAUCCAAAAAGCCUCAGCCAUAGAGAAGAGAUGUGAGUCUGAAAUGGCAUCUAACUGCCCCCCAUGGAAAAAUAAUAACUUGGUGAAAAACAAACUGCCAAGCAACAGGCCCUCCACAGUCUCACCAACCAAUGAGAAAGUGCACAGGCCAGAUUCUAGCUUGCUUUAUCAUAGUAGACAUACAUAUGAAAUUCAACAUAAAGUAGGAAAAGUAGGCAGCAGUGAGAUGUCCAAUAGAACGACCCCAUUCAACAUCACUCAGCUUCUGACACCGGUAAUUCCUGGAAGACAGGAAACAGAAACAUCAGAAAUCCUGCAAUUUGCACAUACUCCCUUGUCUUCUGAAUGUGACAGUGACCCGAAAGCACAGUCUGAUGUCAAACAACUGCGUGAUAGCUACAAAUCCAAAGCAUCCAGUCUAUUGUUCAACCUUAAAGACAACAGAAAACGAGUCAAGAGCACAUACAGUCCGACAAAAUUUAAAAUUUCAGAGAUUUCUGAUAUGAAUAAUCAACCAUCAAAACAAGAAGGUUGUGAAUCCAGACUUUCAGAAACAUCAGGAUCAAAAGUGUUUAAUCAGGAUCACGCUACAGCUCCUGGUGUUUGGGAACUUUGUAACCCAGUCCAAUCAAAUGAUGAGCUUUCCUUCUUACAAAUUACAGACCACAAACAGUGUGCGGAUAAAUCACAUAACAAUAUGACCUUAGUGUCUCGGUAUGGCACUACAAACUCCAAUAUCUCUUACUUGGGCUCGCAGAACACUCAUCCUAAUCUGCUUACUAACCGAGAAAGUGAGCAUUAUGAGGUAUUAACAAAUUCAGGACAUGAUAAUAGUAGAGGGAGUCCAAUGGGUCACAUUAAUGACAGUAUGAGGACAUUUUGCACAACAAGACUGGAAAAAGAAAACAUCUCUUCCAAAGAGCAACUACCAGCACAUAUGUCAGCUGACAUGUCAGCAAAACAUACUUUCUGUAGCAGAGAAGAUGAAGCUCAUCAGAACUUCAUUCAGAAAGAGGGGAGGAACUUUGUGAAAAAAGCAAGUUUUGGAUAUAAUCAGAUGGUUAAUAAUAAUGGGAUAAAAGAUGCACUGCCAUAUAAGGGAGAAAUAGCUACACUGAUAGAAAUGGACAAACAGAGGAAAGCCACUGCUAAGCAAUAUUUACCUCUAGCCAAUGAGAGCUACACUAUGAGAAAGGAGAUGUGCACAAAUAAAGUGAAUGAGAAUGUAAAUGGGAGUUGGCUUCCGAAAGAAAAACAGAUUCAGGACACAGAAAGCUCUUUCCAGACAUAUGCUGAAAAACGCUUCUCAAAUAAGCAGGUAAAAGAUGAUCAUACAAACACACCUGCAACAUCUCAACAUUUGUAUGAAUUUCAACAUAACGGUCUACAAAAAAUGGUAAACAGCACAAGGGGAUCAGGAAUUAUAACACACGAAAAAGCUGAAGUUUGUCUGCAGAGAUCCAUGAAACAUGCUACAAGUGAUAUAGAGACUGCAAAGGAUUAUAGUCAGAGAACCCAAUUUUUGCAAUCAGUGGAAGAGAAAUAUCGAUAUAAUGAAGGAUCUGUUGCUUAUCAGCCAUACAAAUACGAGUCAAACAAACAGUGGCAUAUUGCAACAACUGAAAACAGACACACUAUGGAUGAAGAGUGCAUGUCAAGGCAACUGCAGCAAUCUGAAAUGAAAGCAGAACAACCAGGUGAAUCAAAUUAUGCAUACCCCCGAUCAAGUACAUCUUGCAUGCAGCAGCAAAGCACAGCAUAUUCAGCAAGAACUAGCCAAAGAAAUUGGAUAACGGAAGACAGAGCCAAAACUGAGGAACACAAGCCAACCAGUCAGAUAUAUAACAAGCAGAGCCAUACGAAUACAGAUCUUAACAUACCAAAUACUCAAAGAACUUUGCAAAACAAUAACAGCUCACAAGCAAGAGGGGACAGAUUUAACAUUAAUGACAUUCUCUCUGUCAGAGACAGUGAACAAGCAAAAAGAAUCAGAGAAAAUAAAUCUGGUUUUAAUGGUAGAGUUGGUGACCCAACUAAAUUAGAAAAUCUAACUUCUCCGGUUACAUCUGAUGUAGCCGAGGAUAUAGCGGCUAAAUCUGAACCAUCUAAUGUUCAGUCACGGGCACAGCGAGAUGGAAAAUCCCACAGCAAGCAUGAAAAUACAAAUGCAUCAUAUGGCUAUGUCAGAAAGGAGUCACAUAUUCCAAAUGAUGUGAAAGAGAGGCCAGGAAAAGAUAUAUUUAUAAGUAAUGAGAAUGACAAAAUCACCCUAAGAGCACUUUCAUAUAAAGAAAAAGGACAAAACAAACACGAGAUACUCGCCUCAAAAUUGAAAGCGCAUGCUCAAAAGGAGAUAUCAGCAAUUAAAGAAAAAGGCCUUGCUAAACAUGCUAUUCCAUCAAGAAAUCCAAUAAAGCAAAGUUCAGCUAUAAGCAAUGACAAAGGACAGAUAAACCAGGAAGUUCUGUCACCACAAAAAGAAAUCACUGCAGAAAAACUGAAUCAUCUUUUUCAAGACAUUACUUAUUCAAGUGUUCCCUUAUAUAAAGAACAAAGAAAUCACGGAAAGGGUGAGCCAAAAUAUGAAUCUCUUACAGCAGAAAAAGUGGAAUUACUUACGAGAGAAAGGGUCUCAGAGACAGUUGCUACUGAGAAAGAAAGGACAAAGAUUCAAAUGAUAAAAUCUCAAGAGGAGGUAGACAAGAAAAAUUGUGAAGUCCAGAAAUUUGUUAAAAACUAUGUCCACCAGUUAAACAUGCAAUCCAAAGAAAAUCAACUUCUCAAACCUAGCAAAGACAACGAGACAGAGCCAUCUACAAAUGAUAGUGUUGCUGCAAAUGGUACAAAUCCAGCCAAAAGUUUUUCAAGCUCUCCAAAGCUCAAGGUUUUUAGCAAUGAGGAGUCUCUUGUCAAGACAGAAGAUAAGACUUUAUCUAAUCUGCCCAAACCUUGCACAUCAAAUGACACAGAGCACUCAUCAUUUAAACAGGAGGUCUUGGUGAAAGCAGCAACUAACCGUCUUGCACUAUACAACAUUUCAGGGGAAGCUAUAACCCUCGAAAGCUCUGUUAACAAAGCAAAAGAACAGCUGUCAAAUGUCAACACAGCUAAACCUACUGCUGAUAGUAAUACACCUUCUCUGAAAUGCUAUGACUUGGUAGAAACAACCAAAAGUAAAAAUGGCACGAGAAAAGAAAGUCCUUUAACUUUACCAAAUGCAAGGGACCUUGAAAUUAACACUAGACAAGACAAAACUCCAACAGUUUGGAUGAAAGCUGAUGCACCUGCUGUUGAGAAGACGGCCGAAUUUACAGAAACUGCUUACUCUAAAACUGCUUUCCCUAAUACACAAACAGUAAACACUGAGCAAGAAAAGGAACAUCUUCAAAGUGGAGUAAGUGAAAAUCAAACAGUCCUUUCAGAAAUUUUACCAAAGACUAGUAACCAGGUGUACUUUAAGCCAAAUACAGAACCCACAGAAAAGGAAACUUGGCUAGAAAAUCAAGAUAUUCAGGCAGAGGCCAUCCAAACUUGUCCAACAAAUGAAGAUGCUUCUCUUCAGCAACUUCAGCACACUGACGCACAUGCUAGCAAAGAUUUGGGAUAUCAAACAAGCUUAAGCUUUAACAAGCCAGUCAGUAUAAAGCUUGAUUCUUCAGAGGAGUACAAAUAUUCUCUCCAGCAUGAACCACAAACAAAGCAGCCACACAGUGAAAACAGUGAAGUCCUAAAAACUGUGUCUCAAUUCCAGUUAAAGAUCAGUCAGGAUAACCAAAAUCAGCAAAUGAUAAUGGAUAAAGAAGUAACUGAAAACAACAACCAGCAAGUACAAGAAGAUGGUGAAAGAGCCCCAGACAUUAAACCUCAUAACCAAAAGGCAAAAGAUUUCCAAGAACCUGAACCUACAGAAAAGAAACAAUCCAAUGAUGACAUAAGAAUAUAUAGUAGUAAUGACUCAAAAUCCCCAUGCAGUGAACAUGAGAAGUCAGACGAGAAGCUUUUCAUGCCAAACAUUACAACAAACAGUAAAGAUCAAGAGCAUAGUGGCCAACCGGCUGCAGACAAAAGUGCUGAAAAGAAAGAGUCCAAUGAUGACAUUACAAACCCAGUACCUGAAAGCCAUGUCAUUCACAUUGCGAGCAAAGAAGACAGUUCACCAACAAAUGAGCCUGUAAUAUACAGUAUAUGUGUUUCCAGCACAUCAGAAGCUGUUUCAGAAGACGAACCUGUAAUCUAUAGCAUUUCUGUAUCAAGCUUGUCUGAUGCUUCCAUGAAUCCUGGUCCAGAAAACCAAGAAAAAAAUCAAAUAGAGCAAGUAGAAAAAGACGACAAAGAAACAUUUGGCAAUAAAAAUAAAGAAAGUGACUUCCUUGAAAGUAAAGAGGAUAGUAAAGAGGUAAAAUUGAUUUUAAACAACGAUAUGGCAGAAGAAGAAACUGUGGUAAGAAAAUAUGAUUCUCCUACAAGCAAAGAUAAACUUGAUUAUUAUAGAUCAACAGAGGUGGACAAUAUUAGUUCAUCUUAUGAAAGUCUCUUGGCCAAAUAUGGGCUUCCUAAUGAAGAUACAAUUCAUGUUGAGUCAGACCAAAAAGAGCAGGAUAAAAAUCAAGGAAAUGAAAAGGAUGAAAAGGAAGAAUCUAUCCCUAACGCUUUACAAAAAACACAAAAUAAUACAAUUGAUGGUGACCAUUCGCCUAUUGAGAAAUUGACAUCAGCUGAUUCUACUAAAAAGCAUUCUCCAGAAUCUAGAAAAUCAAAGACUCCAGAAGCCUCCCCUGAACUUUUGAGGAAUGCUGAUAAAACCCAUGAGCAGCAUGUUCCUGUUAGUCACUCAGAGCAAGAGCAUCAGGUAGCUAAUGAAGUAUGCACACAAAGAGGUGAUGGAGUUGUGAACUCUGACAGAAACACUAAACAGGAUGUCUCAGCGAAUCAAGAAAUCCUGAUGUCAAAGGUUGUACCAGCUUGUGAAGACUUUGUGGAUACUCAGGCAGCAAAGCAAAUUGUGGAAAAUGGAAAUGUUCAAAUGAAGGAAAACAAGCAAGUCGGACAGAAUGCACAAACAAUGGAGACAGGACAAAAAGAAAAUGAUGAUGAUGUAGUUAACAAAAAUAAUGAGAUGGUACAAGCGAAAUGUGAGACUGAUUCACAACUUACAGCUGGAUUUAGUUCUUCGAAUAUCAGCAAUAAUUCAAUCAAUUACUCAUGUGAUGAUUCUUCCCAACCCAGUUCUAAAAUCUCUACAAAUGAUUGUCAGGUCAGGAUUAAAACCCCAAACACGGGAAUGUAUUCAAUUCACAGCAAUCAAAAUGCAAUCAAUCAAACAUUUAUUACAAAAAGCCCCACACUCAAAAACAGGACACAAGAAGAAUGUGUAGGAGAUGCCUUCAAACAAGAGAAAGCAAGCAAAGAACAUAUUCACAGCGAAGACAACAAGGCUUUACAAAAAGACACAAAAGAAAUGCUCUGCAAAAGCAAAUUCCCAGAACUUGAGCAAGUCAAAAGUAAUGACGCAAAAGUCAGUAGGUUGAUAGAGUCACAGAAAGAAAUUUCAAAUUUCAACAAUGAACGGAUCGAAAAGAAUAGUUGUGGCAAUCAGAAUCAAAUUAUACAUGCCUUUUCUACUGGAAAGACAGAUCAGAGUGUACCAGAUAUUCCACUGGAAGAUAAAAAAGUGCAUAAAAAAGACAUAAAGAGCCAAAUGAAGACAGAUACUGUAAGUACUAGCGGUGCUGCGCUACCCAAUAAUGUAACUGAAAAUGCUCAGAACAAGACAUCUGCAAAUGUCAUUGGAAUAAAAGCAUCAUAUGCUCCAGGCUUGACAGAUGAUGACACAGAAAGACCUGAAAAUGUGAAAUGGAAAAGGGAACCAACACAGAAGGAGAGAGAAAUCAUAAGAUAUGAAGUCACAUCAUUAAAUAAAGAUGCCAAGACAGUAUUACCUGUGAUUAAAGAUGACAAAAAUGUAGAAUGUGAAUCCAGUAAGAGUGAAAAAAAUCAAAAAGAAGCAAAAGCUCAGCCACAAACCAGUGGAAAAAUUUUAAGAGACAAACAUGAUCAAAUUAGUAUUGUGAACCAUCCAGAGAAAGAUGCUAUUCCAGAAAGAAAGGGAAAUACAUAUGAUGGAAAAAACACCUUUGAGUCUAAUCCACACAGUAAAUAUCAUGAUACAGUGCUUUCAAAACAAGAGGGAACCUUCACUAAGUCUGAGGUUACACAGAGGGAGAAGAAAACGACUAGGCCAGAAAUAUCAGCUUUAGCUGACUAUGCUAGGCUGAGGGUUAUCGCUGCUGAAGAUGACACCAUUACCGAAAAGGAUUUACUUCAAAAAAUGAACACAUAUCGCAAGUAUAAUUUAUCAGCUGGGGAGCCAAAGAAAGCAAAUUUUUCUAUGCCUGUGGGUGAUACAGAGCAAAGCAAACAACCAUCUGUAAAUAAAAAGUCUGAGAAUUUGAAUGCAACAACAACACCUUCACAAGUCCACGAACGACGAACAUACAAAAUUACAGAUGAAAUACCUGCGGGACAUAAACAGUGCUUGCCCAGGGGUGAAAUCAAUGCUUAUCCAAAAGUUGGGUCAUUGUCUAAAAGCUCAGAUGAUAGAGUAUGUGCUGUAAAAGAUACAGAAAGCACCAAAGAAAAGACAUCAACCACCCACAUGCAAUCAAACACCAAACAAUCUUUGACUGCACAGGAUUAUAGAUAUUCAAGAAGCCAUGAAGUCCAUCAACCCCAAAAUCCUCGAGCUGCUCAUCCUGUACACACACAGGUACAGAACAAAAAUGACCCCAGUCCACAGCAGCCACUUAAUGCAAACAUGCUGGAAAGAAAGGUUAAUCCUCAAGUAAAAAAAUCACAAUGUGAAGCACAAGUGUCAAUCGAAACCGAAUUUAAUAAUGCAAAUAGACAUACAGAUAACCAAAUAAAGGAAGAAGUGAAAGAUGAAGAAACAUCAGAGGAGUUACAAUACUACAUUGUCAAUGCAAUGGAAAGUGAGAAAAAACCUAAAAAUAAUCAGGAAGCACAUUCAUUAAGCAACAAUAUCUGUUCAAAGAAAGACUUAACUGAAAUUCAAGCAACAGUGCCACGGUCCAACACUUCUUCUCCAGCCACGGGGAAACCUAUUAUGUUCAGAGUGAAAGAUAACACAGGUAAACCUUCCUCAGUUACUAAAACUGUUAGGCCACGCUUUCACAGAUCAUUCUCUGAGGAAUUCAGCAUCUGCUCCCCAGUUGACAGCUGUUAUGGUUCAGAAAAGGACAAAGUGGAUUAUGAUAAUGAGAAUGAUUCAAAAGAGUUUGCUAACUCUCCAGUUUUGCAUGAGCAAUCAGUAACUUCACAUCGAUUCUCAAGCCUAAAAGAAAUCCAGGCUCGAAACAGACUGUUGUCCCCAGGGUUCAUGGCACCAAAAGAACCAAGGAGCUACAACAGAAGAAGCCAAGUUAUUGAAGGGGAUGAAUCCCGGUCACUCAUGAGCACAGUAUCUGAGGAUGUGCGGAGUUUAGCUACUAGUUCAGCAGUAAUGACAAACAGUAGAGAUUUCAACACUGAACAUGUUAGACGUACCUAUGCAAGGCCAGUAUCUUCUUGUUAUGAAAGACCAGAAUCAGCAUGCUAUGAGAGACCUGAAUCUGCCUGCAGUGACAUGAGACCAGCAAGCAAGCCACCUACUGUUCCGCCUAAAACAGAUAAAGCCCUUCGCCGUGCUAAAAGACUCACUAGUAGGAGAAUCAGACAGGUAGAGGACAAAGUGACAUCUGAUACCCAAGUACAACCUGAGUCCAAGUCCAUAAGAACUGUCUCCAGUUUACCUGCUUCACCUAUGGUACAAAUGUCAACAUCUCAGUCAGUACAGUCUUCACCGCCGAUAUCCCAUUAUCAUGUUGAACCAAAUUACGCACCUCCUGCACCUAGCAUUGUGGCUCAUUCUUUCCCCAUGACCCAAAGAAAGUUCCUACAGGAUCCAAAUUCGGGGCAAAUUUUCAUGGUGGACAUGCCAGUGCAGGUCAAGACAAAGACAUUUUUUGACCCUGAGACAGGAAAAUAUCUCCAGCUCAAUGUGCGUCAAAGAGCCCAAAGCACCUUGUCACAACCAGCAUCACUGGAGGUGUUGAGUCACCCGUAUGUGGUGUACCCGGGUUUUCUGCCCAUGCCUGUUUCUGUCUCAUCCGCACCCUCUGUAAGGUCAUCAUCCCAGAUGUCAGCACCAGCCACACUCACAGAAGACCUGAACAACCUAAAAGCAAGUCAUGAACCAAGUGAACAGGAGAAUCCUGAACCAGAACGCCCCAGAAAUGUUCAACAGCAAAAAAGACCUGUCUGUAGGACACGUGAACAAACUGGCAGGGAAAUUUUGCACACUGAAAAUGUUAGAAUGACUCCAAGGCAAACACAUAUCAUAACAAUGAGUGAAUUAGAGGACUUUGCAAUAGAGAACACCUGACUCAUGUACACAUGAGCAACAUGUAUAUCUGACUUUGUGAAUAAGAACUUAUUUAAGGAUUUAUUAAAUACAAAAAUAUGCUGUUUGACAAUGA